CUGACUGACUGACCGACCGACCGCAGACAAAAUCGUCACCUCGUUCGCCUGGCUCCUCUUUUUCCCUCUCAUGCACACAAACCUGCGAAUUGCCCAGCAGAAACCAUCAUUCAACACCGCUGCCCUUCGUUCAAAGUUCAUGCACUAGACCCCAAAUAUCCUCCUACCUUUCCUUCUCUUCCGCCUCCCCCUCGUCUUCUCCGAUCGUUCGCUCCGGCAGCGUCCUCGGUCAGAUCGCCCCGACUGGCGCUGACUACACGACGACCCAGGGCGCUCAACACAACUUCUCUGGUUGAUAAAUCCCCUCUCACACUUGCCCUUGGGCAGGUUCAUACUUGAUUUCCCUGUCAAUCCGGCUCGAGUUUCGGGUUGCUGGCAGUUGAUUAUCUCGUCUGGCCGACCGCCCGCCGCCGCCGCCGACUCAGGCUGGGAUUCCAACCUUUCCGUGCCCAAGCUAACGGCCACCGCCCAUUGCACACCAUCCUCCAUCAACCCCCCUCCGUAACCAUCCUCCAUCCUUCGUCCCAUCGAUUCAAUACUACAAUUCAAAAUGACGAGCAUGUCGCCCAUAAGUGCCGUCAACGGCGGCUCCGCGGCCACCUCGCACCAGGGCAGCGUCUCGCCCCGGCAGACGGUGUCGCCCAAGAAUGUCGCAUUUGAACUCCUGUUUACCGAGUCGCCGCAAUAUCGCGCGCGACUCCCCAUGCGAGUCCAGAUAUACCCCCACGAUACGACGGACUCCAUCGUCACCACUGUCAAGAAUUUCUACGGACUAUACUCGGGGCCGACCGGCUCCAAGGGCGUCAGCUUUGAGGACGAGAAUGGCAUCACCCUCAUCGCUCGUUACGAGAACUUUCGCAACAACAUGGUUGUCUACGUCAGAGUCAUUGAGGAGCCUCCCUCUGCCUCUGGUCCCUUCGUGGCGCCUGCAUACCACAACCCUCCUCUGAGCGCUCAGCCAUACUACGAGGGUACUGGCUACCCCCUGCAACCUCCGCCGCGCUUCGGCCAGGAAAUCUCCAGACCUUCCUCAAGCACAUCUCGGCGGCGCAGCCCGUCGCCCAACGCUGGGCGCGGCCGGAGAAGCGGAUCCGCCACUACGAACCCCAAGAAUGGCCGUUCGAGGUCUUCCAAGAACCGGGACACUGCUGCCAACGGACACACCGAUAUAUACAGCGAUAGCGUCAAUGGCUACAGCAGCGGGGACGGGGCUCCAGGCUCCAGCUCCAGCAGGAUAAAGGAGCAGAUUGGCAACACCGAGAUUAGCCUCGAAAACAUCGUAGAGGGAGGCCGCCGCAAGCGAGCCAAGUUUGAGAGUUCGGAACUCCCCUUGUUUGCGCCUCCGCAGAUGCCGGCUGCUACGUCGAACCCUUCCGUGUCUCCCGCCCGCCGCGCGGAGCCCCAGAGGGCCUCGCUGCCGUUUGUGCACCCAGGCCAGAACCCCUUUACGAAUCCUCUCCCCCUGCAGUCCCCGCAGAGCCAUAGCAAUGGCUACGGUCAUAGUGGAUAUUAUGCGACGCCGUCGUCUGAGCGCCACGGGCGCAACAGCAUCGGCUACGCUGCGCAAAGCGGCAACUUCAGCAGCAUGAGCGGCAUCCUCCCCACGCCGGACCCUACCGUCGGCAGCUGCAUGUCAGAAGAGGACAAGGAUGUUGCCAUCCAGCUUAUGCGCCUGGGUGAAAUGUCUAACAUUUCCCACGGGCGCACUUCAGCUUCUACGCUGGACGAUACGUUUAGCGGCCGCGCCGACGCUGCAUCCUCUACUGGGGCCACUAGUGACGGCGAGAGUGAGAGCGAUGAGGAGGAGUCGGCCGCCCGGCGUCAAAAGUUGGAUGCCGCUGGCAUCAUGCGCAAGAUCUAUCAGACCACCGAGAGCCACUUCAUUCCUCAGCCCAGCAUCGAGGCCAGUGUCGAUGACGUCGAAGUCGAGAAGUGUAGCGACCACACCGAUCACGCCGUCUAUGGCGAGCGCAAGCACGAGGUGCUCAAGAACAAGACCAACCUUCCCGAUGCCAGGCCUAAGUCACAGUUACCCGGCUCCAAGCCAAAGAAUUCCAAGGCUAGCAAGGUUCCUCGGCCAAGCCUUCCCAAGCCCAAGAAGGCUUCCGCUCCGGCUCCGGCCCCGGCCCCGGCCACUACCAGCAAUGGGCCCAUGUCGCCGGCUUCUCUGCCUUCGUCGCGCAAACCCUCGGUUUCCUCCGCCGCAGCGGCUCCGGGUGCCAAUGGCGAAGACGAUCAGCUUGAUCUGUCAGCCAAGCCCCGGUGUCAGCGAUGCCGCAAGAGCAAGAAGGGUUGCGACAGGCAGCGACCCUGUGGGCGAUGCCGCGAUGCCGGUCUUAGCGCUGAUCAGUGCAUUAGCGAAGAUGAGGGCAAUGGUCGCAAGGGCAGAUACGGGCGCCACAUGGGAGUGCCAAUCAAGAAGGAAGACAUUGCCAAUCCUACUCAGCCCAUUCUACUUCCGGCUGCGCCAAUCGCCACGACGGCUGCAAUGGCCGACAAGAACAAGAAGCGGAAGCGAUAGAGCGAUGAGUUAGCAAUUCCACGAGCACAUGUCGGCACUCAAACAAGCACUUGCGGUGUCACCCCUUUUCUUCAGGCCAUCUAGCUAUUUUCUAGCGUGGCCGCCGCCAAGUUCCAGCACUGUCCCUACCAAGAGAGGUUAUCGGCUCACCGGCGUUUGGCCCACAAAGAUUAUUUGAAAAGGAUGCGGCGCUUGGGCCACGCAUCAUUUGACGCGCUUCCUAUCGUAACAAAACAGGAGGAUGUCUGAUCUGGUCUUCAACGACCACCCAACAAUACUGGCAAGAGGGAAAAGAUUUUUUUUGGUGGUGAGGCUAAUGGGGAUCUGCCGGGUGAGGAUGGUCGCUCAUACUCCUUUUUGGCGUUUCGGAUCCAUUCUAUGGGAAGCGGUGUUUUGCUAUCUACCGGUUUGCGCGCGUGUCUGCUUUCCUCGUUACUUGGUUUUUUCUUUUUUUUUCUUUUAUGGCGGAGCCGACAUCGAAGCGAGGAAGCUACAGUUUUUGGGCGACGUUGUGCGACUGUACGAUGUGGUGUGUGGAGGAAAGCUCAAAAGCAACCGGAGGAGACGUCGGAACACUCGCAGGCGCGAACGCGUUCGCGCGAGCUCGCAUGCGAGGAUCCCAAAGUCCGAAUUGUCAGGUGAAUUGAGUAAAGGCAUUGGGGGGUUGUCGGGCGAGAAGGAAAGAAGAAAAAAAAGCCUGGCGGUUGGAACGUUGGCAGGCGAGGCGGUUUUGGGGCUUGCGCAAGGUUCAAAUUGUCUGUGGUGAAGGUGGGAUCGCUUGCCUUGGGGGGUUUUGUUAUUUCCUAUAUUGCCGAGGGUGACAAGACUUAUCUGCGCAACCGAGCUUGUCCCUUUUUCUCAAUUGGUUCUCCUCUGGAUGCGAUUGGAGGCGGGGGAGGGGGGUGGGAGGUGAGCAAUUGCUGAGGGAAGCGGCUACGAUAGGCAAACUGGUUUCUUUCCUACCCUUUUUAUUAUUUUUUUGAGGCAAAGUUUUCUGUAUGGAA